AGAGGCCAUCUUGCUUUCAUUUUCACUUGUCUGACAUUUGUUUCUAUUUAAUAAAAGCGUUUACCAAUCUGUCUGAAUACUACUGUGUAGGAAGAAGGGUAACAGAAAGACGAAAAUGCGUUCUCGUUGACCCUCUUAAGAGGAUCUGUCUGCCCACUUAGGCCAAGGUGGAAGACAAUCAUGAAGCGGUAAUGGCAAGGGCCAAGUUAAAAACAUACGUGACCGCGGCCGGAUUUUUGCUGGUCGUAUUCAUCAUUACCACUAUCUUGAAGUCGCUGCAGCCAGAGGGCUCUGCGUUAGGGAGUCCGUUUGCUCUUGGGCUUUUCCCGCAUCUCAGGAAGACUGAAAAAAGUGAUACUCAUCUGCACGUUCCGGAGCAUAUUGUGACUACUAGAACAGCCCCAGCAGAAGGGGAGAGACGCCCUGAGGAGAGAGCCAUGAGUCUGCAAGUGGCACACAAGGACUUUCCGGCACCCAAUUACAACCUGCAUGCAUUCUACUACUCAUGGUAUGGCAACCCGCAGUUUGACGGCAAGUACAUCCACUGGGACCACCCCGUUUUGCCUCACUGGGACUCCAAAGUGGACUCGCGGUACCCCAAAGAAAGGCACAGCCCCCCGGAGGACAUCGGGGCCAACUUUUAUCCUGCACUUGGAGCCUAUAGUUCCAGGGAUCCAUCAGUCGUUGAAGCCCACAUGCAGCAGCUUCGGACGGCAGCUGUCGGUGUCAUAGCCCUUUCCUGGUAUCCACCCAAUACAAAGGAUGACAAUGGUGAGCCUACUGAUGACAUCACCCCCCUGGUUUUGGACGUGGCUCAUAAGUACCAAAUGAAGCCAGGAGCUGUGCAUCACAGGGUUGCUUUCCAUAUAGAGCCAUACAAAGGAAGGGAUGAGCAAAGCAUGUUCAGCAAUGUCAAGUACAUUAUCGAGAGGUAUGGGGGCCAUCCUGCCUUCUUUCGCUACAAGUCUACUGAUGGAGUGACUCGUCCCCUGUUCUACGUGUAUGACUCGUAUCUGCUAGGUCCAGAAAAAUGGGCAAACCUUUUAAAGCGCAACGGUCACCAUAGCAUAAGGAACACGCCGUUCGACGGCCUCUUUAUAGCUCUGCUGGUCGAGGAAAACCACAAGAGCGACAUUCUGGCGUCCGGCUUUGACGGGAUCUACACCUACUUCGCCACCAACGGUUUCACCUACGGCUCAUCGCACCGCAACUGGAAGCCCAUCAAAAGCUUCUGCGACAGGAACAGCUUGCUCUUCAUACCCAGUGUCGGCCCGGGCUACGUGGACACCAGCAUCAGACCGUGGAACUCGCAGAACAUGCGGAACCGCAUCAACGGGAAGUACUACGAGACCUCAUUUGAUGCUGCAGUGGAGGCCCGGCCGGACAUCGUGUCCAUAACCUCCUUCAACGAGUGGCACGAAGGGACCCAGAUUGAGAAUGCUGUACCCAAAACAUCCGGCAAAACUGUUUACCAAGACUACCUGCCUCACAAAUCUGACGUGUACUUGGAGAUCACCCGCAAGUGGAGUGAAAUUUUUGUUAAAGAAAGAAAGAAAUGGCUAGUCUGACAGAAAGCACAUGGCGUCAAGUAAAGAAAAUCAGUCCAGCUAUUUUGGAGUGAGAGUCUUUGGCAAACAAUUUCUUUUUUUUAUUUUAUUUUACUUUACAGUUUCAUCCAAUGUGACUUACAGUAGAGUGAACGAUUUUUUUUUUUCCUCUGUGCUCCCUGAGAUUUGAACCUACAUCCUUUGUGUUGGCUUGUUGAGCUAUAGGGUUUCAUGAACUAAUCGCACCUUAGAGAUGUAAGAGAACACCAUUGGUUGGUGUUUAGGCUGUGGGAGGAAGCUACAUGCUAGAAUCAUUCCUUCCAGGUGUGCAGGAUAAAUGCUAUUGGCCGAGCUCACCUGUCACUCAAAAUGAGAGGCGUAAAUGAGACCUGCAGACUGAUGACGUUGAGUGUCACAUGCUUUGUAAAUCUGUGUUAUGCUCUUUACAUAGAUCUCCGUAUCUAAAAUGAUCAAGCAUAGGGGUGUGUCCAGCCUGUGCCCCUUCCCGCGGUAUACGAGAGGACAGUUAAGAUGAGCGAUUCUUAACCCACGGGUCGCGGCAAGUACUAAAAGGGUCACGAGGCAAGGCUGGAAAUGGAAGCAUUUUAAAACCAGCAAGCUUUUAUGCUGAUUCAUGAUCAGAUUUCCCAGCCUAGAAUUAACCUGUAUAAAUGGGUCUUGGGUCUGCAAAUGCUUAGCGCCAAACUAGUGAACCCUCAACCAAUCCAAGAAGCCGAACCGCAGAUGCUUAAUUUAAAAUUCGCUGGCACAUCCGAUCAGAUUUGCGCGAUAGGCAUUCAUUGGAGUAAAUUGCAGAGUGCACUGUGUGCUUGAUAAUAGCGUUAAUUUAAAGCUAUACUUAAUACAGGGUCAUGACUGAGCAGCCAUGGAAAAAAUUAGGUCACGGUGCAAAAAAGGUUGAGAACCACUGGUUUAGAGAAUGCCAUUCUCCCUAAUCACAGGUUUGUGGACUGUGGGAGGAAACCUGCACCAAUGUGGAGAAUGUGCAGACUCAGAGGCAACAAAAACCCUUAUGGAUUCUCUCUAAGCAUCUGACCAUUAGUGGCUGGAACCUGGUGCCACGGCAACAGCGGGACACAGACUUUUUACAUUCCGGAACCACGACGCGAUGGUCAGCCUUCCGAAGUCAUGUCUGCAUGCUGACAGCUCUCGUUCUGCACAGAUCGUAUUGUGUUUCAGGUAAAAUGUGUUAUUUAAUAAAAUGAAAUCUAAUAAAAUCCCAAAAAAAGUUCUUUUGAAAA